AUGGGUGGCGGUAACGGAGCCAAGGCUGCGCAAAAGCGCGAGCGCAAUUUGAAGAACGCUGCUGGUGGUCCUAAGUCGCAGCUCAAGACCAACGCUGCUGCCAUGAACAUCAUUUGCCAGACCUGCAGGGCCACCUUCUUGUCGACCUCGCGCGCGAAGGCUCUCGAUGAGCACGCUCAGAACAAGCACAGCAAGACGCUGGCGGACUGCUUCCCCGGCUUCGUCGAGCAGCCCAAGAAAUAA